UUCAACACAUCAUGUGGGGGUCACUGGGACUGUCCCCACCAAGGUCUUGCUAUGGACAGGGCUGUUUCCAGUUGGCGAUUUUUACCUCUGGGGGCUUGGUGCUGUUGUAUGGGUACGUGAGGAGGAGGUGGGAGCAGUACAGGGACUUUUCUGGUGCUGUGGCUGGCUCUAAAGGGAGACACUGGGGUGUAACAAGAUCAGAUAGGAGCGUGGGCCAGGAGCUAAGAAUAGGAUUGGACACUGGUUCCUGGCUCAGGUGGGGGCUAGUCAGUGCCAGCCAGGAAGUCACCGGUGGAGCCAGGGAACGGAGACGGGGUUGGGGAGUGGGGCCCAGGACCCAGGCUUCCAGGGGAGAGGGGCAGAGUCCAGCUCAGUUCAUAAACAGCUGAUAGAGUGGGCGUGGGGAUAGGACAAGGGUUAGGAUCCAGGGCGCUGGGAGCUGGGGCCAGGAGGUGAGCUCAGUGCUUGGUGCUCGGAGCUUGGAGGAAGCCCACCUGGCCCCAUGGCCUUCCUGGUGGCUGGGACCCUGCAGGUGGCUUCGCAGAUAGCAGAUGCUCAAGACAGCCUGGGGAGAAAGGGGAAGUACAGCGUACAGGGUCCAAGGGUGGCCCUGACACUCAGCAGCCCUGGGGUGUCUGCUGCUGCAGUUGCUGCCCUGGAAGGCGUGUUCCAGGCCCUGGGCUUUGACACCUGCAAGAGGAGGGAGGCUUCAGUCCAGGGCUUCCUUGAGGAACUGGUUUGGUUCCGGGAGUGGCUGGAUGCCCAUGGGGGCCCUGUGGGCUGUGCCCUAGUGGCCUUGGUGGCCCCCAGCGGGCAGCUGAGGCAGCCACAGCAGCUGGUCCAGGAGCUGAGCUGCUGUGAGGCCCUGCGGGGCUGCCCCAAAGUCUUCCUGCUGCUUUCCAGUGGCCCUGGGGCCACCCUGGAGCCUGAAGCCUUCCUCUCGGGCUUGAGAGAGCUCUGCGGCCGCUUUCCUCACUGGUCUCUGGUGCAGCUGCUGACGGAGCUCUUCUGCAGGGUGGCUGUAGAGUCCACAGAGGGCACCUACUGCCCCAUCCUCCGGAGCUCCUUGCGGGGGACACUGUGCCUGGGAGGCGUGGAGCCCUGGAUGCCUGAGCCAGUUCCUGGCCCCAACACUCACUAUGACCUGUCCAGGGCCAGGGCCGCCCUCCUCCUGGCUGUGAUCCGGGGCCGGCCUGGGGCCCAGCACGACGUGGAGGCACUGAGGGGGUUUUGCCAGGCCCUGGGCUUCGAGACCACCCUGAGGACAGACCCUACAGCCCAGGCUUUCCAGGAGGAGCUGGCCCAGUUUCGGGAGCGACUGGACACCCGCAGUGGCCCUGUGAGCUGUGCCCUUGUGGCUCUGAUGGCCCAUGGGGGGCCGCGGGGACAGCUGAUAGGGGCUGACGGGCAAGAGGUGCAACCAGAGGUGCUGAAGCAGGAGCUGAGCCACUGCCGGGUGCUGCGGGGCUGCCCCAAGAUCUUCCUGCUGCAGGCCUGCCGUGGGGGGAACAAGGACGCUGGAGCGGGUCCCACUGCUCUCCCCUGGUACUGGCGCUGGCUGCGGGCACCUCCCGCCAUCCCUUCCCACGCAGAUGUCCUCCAGAUCUACGCCGACGCCCAGGGCAGCGCCUCCAAGGGCUCCCUGCCAGGCAGCUCUGACCAAGCAGACAUCCUGACGGUCUAUGCAGCCGCUGAGGGCUAUGUGGCCUAUCGGGAUGACAAGGGCUCAGACUUUAUCCAGACCCUGGUGGAGGUCCUCAGAGCCAAGCCUGGAGGAGACCUCCUGGAGCUGCUGACUGAGGUCAACAGGCGGGUGUGUGAGCAGGACGUGCUGGGCCCUGACUGCAACGAGCUCCGCAAGGCCUGCCUGGAGAUCCGCAGCUCCCUCAGGCGCCGGCUCUGCCUGCAGGCGUGAGGGCUCCACAGCCACCGGAGCGUGCUGAGAGGGCGGCCAAACCCCAGCGCCGCCAUCCACCCGGUCCACUCUGUCUGCUCUUCUGUAAAUGGGGGCUGGCAGCACGGGGCCGGCGCUAGCUGGCAGGCAAUAAACAUGUGUUGAUGCUGU